GUUGUUUCAUCCAAGUUCCACCUCUACUCGAAUACGAACUCUAGCUUAGGCUAAAUCUCUUUAGAUAUUUAUCUCUCCAUGCAGGGGAUUGAAAUGAACAAGCUGGAUUUGAAAUUCAACGGCGUCGGCAAUGCUACCCAGACUUCUACUUCAUCCUCUUCGGACAUAACGGUUACCGGGGAACAAGUCAGCCAAAAGAUACCAGGUUCUCUGUCGGAUCUGCCACCAGAUCUUACCGGUGGGCUCCAGCGAACAUCACGCUAUCCGAUCGCUGCCGGAGCCUUUGGGGACAUCUGGAAGUGUAAUCUGAUGAAGCCCAGUGGGACCGUCCAGGUAGCGGUAAAGACCAUUCGUGCUUUCGAAUCAGAUAAUGAUGUCUUGGUACGGAAGAAAGCGAAGAGAGUGCGUCGUGAACUGAAAGUUUGGGGUCGUCUUGAACAUGAUAGAAUUCUUCCGCUCUUGGGAGUGGCAAACGACUUCGGUCAAAUGUCCUUGAUUGAUAGCAGCGGUCGGGCAUGCCUUGCUGAUUUUGGUCUCUCAACGAUGAUGGAAUUCAUCGGUACCUCCUAUCUCACGAGCCACAUCCAGGGGCAUGCUCGAUGGGCAGCUGCAGAGCUAUUUCAAGUACCAGAGGAGGCAGCGGCCUCGCCCAGCAUCAAGUGUGACAUAUACUCGUUUGGUAGUAUCGCCUUGCAAGUAUUGACUUGCAAGGUACCCUACCACGAUGUGAAAAAUAAUCUUGCAGUGAUCGCACAAGUCAUCACAGGUAAGAAACCAGAGCCUCCCGUGGAGUCACAAAUCGCGUCCAUGCACUGGGAGUUCAUACAACAAUGUUGGUUGCCUCCUGCGCGUCGCCCAUCAGUCGGAGAUAUCGUAGCGUUUUUAGCAUACGAACGACAAGGUCUGUCGGAUGCCCAUGAAUUGUCUUUCCCGAAGGACUACAUGUUGCCUCAUGCACAUCGUCUAUCAGUUGGAGAAAUCCCAGAUGUCCAGGAGGGACAGUUGAUGAGAAACUUCCAAACUCUCAAUGGCCCUAUGUCAGAAGCGCAAUUCAAAUGCCUAUGGAAUGACGGCCAAGGCCAGUGUGGCGUUACCGAGCGUACAGCCAAGAGCAUGCUGCAGCAUAUAUCGUCACAACAUCUCCAUGAGCAUCCGCGUCCCGACAGCCCGGUGCAAUGUCGAUGGCCGGGCUGCCCAGUUCAGGGGAGCCUAAGGCGAGACACGAUGCUCCGGCACAUCCGCGAAAGGCACUAUGGAACCAAAUAUCGACGAGCGCACUAUGGUGAAUUGUAGAGCCUAACGUUGACUCUUCAUCUGGUUCUCGUUGCCCUCCUCUCGUUUUUAUUGUGCCUCCCGCUACUAUACCCUUCCUGCCGUCGCUCUGUUUAUGGGUGGAUGAAACUCAGUACGAUUUAUGCAGUAUUCUGCCUGUUACUGGUCUACUUUGAAGUUGUCCGAACAUUGUACAAGCAGUUACCUUCGAUCGCGGCGGGGCGCAUCGAGGAGAGCUAGAUGCGAAUUGGAGCGUUGCACGACGCAAGCCAAACAGAUAGAUUUUACCGAAUCACAUAGAUCCUGCUGUGAUGCUGGCCAGCCCUGUGGGAAUAUGGGCGUAUUUCGAAUUCGGUCUUUACUCGUCAACUGUGGAACCAAAGCA